AUGUUCAGCUGGGCCAAAUCAACGUUGGCCGCGGUUGCCGGCACCCAGGAGCCCGAGUACGGCCCAGAGGCCAUUCAGCCCGUCGGAAAGAAGGCGGGCGAGCCAGCCUACACCGAAUUGACCAAGAAGGAUCUCAAGUGGGCGACCCUGGACUACACCAAUGUCGAGACGCAGACCUUCUACGCCUUCACCGAGGAGGGACAUGUCUGCUUCUUGCAGGUCAUCUACAACAACAUAGCUGGCCUGCGUGUCACCGUGCAGUUCAACGUCAAGCUCUUCUACCCCAACAACGAGAAGCCCUUCCUGUGGGUUAGCGACCCCGUUUCCAACUACGGAUUCGACGAGGAGCAGCAUUCCUUCUUCGCCGAUGGGGUCUCCAUCGAACUCUCCCCGGAUGGCACGGCCUACACGAUCAAGGCAGCCGUGAACGACAAGAGCCUGGUCAACGUCAAGUUCACCAGGACGGCCCCGGGCUAUAUGGGUGGAAAGGAUGGCACAACCAACUAUGGCACAGACCCCAAGGCGCCAUGGGGCUCCAUGCACCACCACUUCUGGCCGCGAUGCAGCGUCGAGGGUUCCAUCAUCACCAAGGAGGGCGAGGUCAACAUGAAGGGCCGCGGGAUGCUGAGCCACGCUUUGCAGGGCAUGAAGCCACACCAUGCCGCUGCUCGAUGGAACUUUGUGUGCUUUCAGUCCCCCUCGUACUCGGCCAUCAUCAUGGAAUUCACCACACCCCCAUCGUACGCAAACACCGUCGUCCGCGUCGCCGGUAUCGCCAGUGACGACAAGUUGAUUGUGGCCAACACAGAUUGCGAUGUCAGGCACACCGCAACCAAGGAAGAUCCAGACACCCACUGGCCAGAGCCAACCGCGGCGGCUUACCACUGGCAGGGCAAGACGGCAGACGGCAAGGAGGUGACGGCAGAUCUUGAAGGGGCUCUAGGCAAGAUUUAUGACCGCGUCGACGUCAUGGCCGAAGUGCCUGGCUUCAUCAAGGCCAUUGCCGCCAGUGCAGCAGGCACCAAGCCGUACAUCUACCAAUAUGCGCCCAAGCUCACCAUCAAGAUCAAGGUGGGCGACGAGGUCAAGGAAGAGGAGGGCCUGCUCUUCACCGAGGCUACCUUUGUCUCCUAG